GAUCCCUUCCAGCUUUGCAGCUGCAAAAGUUCUAAAUAAAGUCACUUUUAGGUUGCCUACCUCGCGGGGUUGUCGUUGAGAGGGUGAAGCAGAGGAAGAGAGAUGAUCCAUCCCCGCCUGCAGCUGUGACGAGACGAGGUGGUGGUGGUGGUGAAACUUAAAAACGACCAGGGAAGCGCCGUCCACAAGAAUGCAAGUUAGUGGCUCUUUUAAAAAAGCCAAGUUCAAGUGAAAACUACGAGUCCCAGAAUGCUUUUCGACAUGCCCUUCCUAUGUCUCCCUCUAAAGGAAGAGGCGUCUUCUUCUUCUUCUUCUUGGUCUUUGCAUAAUAUUGAUGAUGUAGGAGUUUUCCACCACCCCCUCCUUCCUUUGGCUUGGAAUUUCUCCCCCACUUCCGUUUGCAUUUAUUCCAGAGGAUCCGAAUUGUUGCGGGAGGAGCUGCGAUCCCGUAACAAAGAAUGAGCAGAACGGUUUCCGGGGAAAAAUGGAUUGCUAUCUGGAAAGACCAGAAGGGACGGGCUCACACUUUGUGAAGAAAGCCGGUUUCUCUAGCUUAUCCCUUUCCAAGAAACACCAGGCUAGGAAGUUGGAGAGUCAACAGUGGUUGGAUGGAAGCCUGCAGCACCAUAGAGGAGAACCAGAGUGGGAGGAGGCCUCUGACAGCAGCUCGGUCGUUUUUGUUGAAGAGAGAGGAGACAUUGGGUGUAUGGCUGAUUUAGUGGAUGCUGGGGAACUCUCUACCCAGAUGGAGGCCACGAUUGGGGAAGGAUCCUUAGGCAAUGACACAGAGGUAUUUUUUAACCCAAAGAGCCCUCUCCAAGGGGACUCUUCAGCAGAAGAAUCUGAAGAAACCACUCUCCAAGGGAGAGAUGGCCGUGAAGCUGAAUUGAUCCUGGAUCCAGAGGCAGCUCUGGUAAGGGAGGAUUCUGAGGAACAGGACCCUGAAGGCAUUGGCUACAAGGGCGGAUCACCGUUUGGGGUCGAAUCUGGCAUGACUCUGGAUCCAGAGGGAUCCAAUGGAGAGGAAUUUGAGGUUUCUUAUUGGAGAGGAGCUGCUAUGGGGGAAGCGGAUGCUGGGGGGAAAUCUGGGCCAAUGGUUUAUCCUGCAAAUUCUCCUCUAAGGGGAGGAUCCAGCGAAGAGGACUCAGAGGAGAUCCACUCUCCUUCGGGCUCUUUUUCCAGGAACGGGGUUGAUGAAGAGGUGGUUCGUGAGUGGGCCGUGCCGGUGGUGGAGAUGGUAGCCGAGCAACGGCCCGCAAAGCCGCGCCAUAUCUGCAGCGAGUGUGGCCGUAGCUUGGCCAGCCAUUCGGCUCUUGUCCGCCAUUGCCUUAUUCACACCGGGGAGCUCCCUUACGCCUGUACAGAGUGUGGGCGCCGCUUCCGACAGUCCUCGGCCUUGGUCCGGCACCUUCGGGCGCACCGGGGCGAGCGCCCUUAUGUUUGCGGUGUAUGUGGCAAAGCGUUUGGGGUCCGGUCAGCUCUGGUCCGUCACCAGAGGGCGCUGCACUCAAGCGAGAGGCCUUACGUGUGUGGGGAGUGCGGGAAGGCUUACGCCGACCUGUCCGUCCUCACGAAGCACCAGAUGAUUCAUGUCAACGGGCGGCCAUUUUCUUGCCCUGACUGCGGCCAGUCCUUCGGCCAUCGCACCACCUUGACCCAGCACCGCCGCAUCCACACAGAGGAGAGGCCCUACCGUUGCACGGAAUGCGGGCAGACCUUUCGGCAGAAUUCGGCCCUCGCCAACCACCGCCAGGUCCAUUCGGGGCAGCGCCCUUUCUCCUGCCAAUACUGCGGCAAAGCUUUUGCCGGCCGGCCCACGCUGGUCCAGCACCUCCGGACUCACACGGGAGAAAAGCCGUACACUUGCCCCGACUGCAGCCGGCAGUUCAGCACCAGCUCGAACCUUCUGCAGCACCGGCGGAACCAUCUCGGGGAACGGCCCUUCACCUGCUCCUUGUGCGGCCGGCGUUUUGCCCGGCGGCCCGACUUGGCCCGGCAUUACGUCACCCACGCCGAAGGCAGCAUCCGGCCUCACCGCUGCGGGGAGUGCGGGAGGCGCUUCGCGGAGCUGGUGGACCUGGAGCAACACCGAGCGACCCACCGCGGAGAGCGGCCUUACGUCUGCAGCUAUUGCGGCAAAUCCUUCACAGAGGCCGCCACGCUGGCCCGCCACCGGCGGUCCCAUCUGCCCACCGCCGAGCAAGCCUAUAAGUGUGAGGCGUGCGGGCAGACCUUCGGGCAGAGCUCGGACCUCCUGGCCCACAGCCGCGUCCACAGCGGGGAGCGGCCGUACGCCUGCGGCGACUGCGGCAAAGCCUUUGGGCGCAGUUCUAACCUCUCUCGCCACCGCCGGGUCCACACCCACGAACGGCCGUACGCCUGUGGGGACUGUGGGAAGAGCUACACCCAAAGCACCCACCUUAUGGAGCACCAGAGGCAACACACGGGGGAGCGGCCCUACGAAUGCGCAGACUGUGGGCGGACCUUUGGCAAGAAGGGGCACCUGGUCUCCCACCGGCGGGUUCACCGCCUCUCACUGGGACCCCCUUUAGAGGACAACGAUGCCCUUGUGGAGUGCGCUGAUUCAGACAGCCCGCAGGAUCGAGAUUCUUGUGCGGCUGGAGCUUGGAACGUGAGCGAAGGGCAAGAGGAGGGUUUGAUCUGACCGCGGGUCAGCUUCUACAGUUCUUUCGGCAUACCGCCAUUCCACCCCACAACCAUAGAAUGGUCAUGUUCAAAGUGAUUCUAAAGGGGGGGGGUGUCAUCUAGACUCAACCCCUGCCAUGCAGGAAAUAUAAAGCUGAAGCACCCUCGACAGAUGGCCAUCUUAAACACCUCCAGAGAGGGAGGGUCCAUCCUUUUCUGCGACAAUCCGUUGCGACCGUUGGACAGCUUGUACAGCGAGGUGUUGAGCAAUGAUAAAGAGCAUAUGUAGAGUUCUUCACUUAUGGGGCCUGGCACCCAUGUGGCACUGUAUCACCAUUCCUGUGUGUCUGACAUGGAAAAAUUGAGUAUUUUUGGCUGGAGUCAGGCUGAUGUAAACUACCUUUUAGGUUAGAAAUCUUGGAUAAUAGUUUUGGCUCCCCCCCAGGAUUAAAUAUAGACUUGGUGACUGGCUGUUGUGAAAAAGAGUCACUUGCAGGACAGAACCUAAAUCCCUUAUAUAAAAUCCUGAAUACAGAAGAUCUCUCUCUUCUCCCAGAGUGGAAAUUGAAACCCAACAGUCUUGGGCACAUCACAGUGCAAUCUACCGUCUGCUCUAACCACCGACUCCUACUUCCUUCCUAGAAUAAGGUCUGCUCUCCCCUCCUUCUGUUCAGACUUUUUCAGCUCCAAAAUGCAUAGGAAAAAAAUAACAGCAGUGGAUUUUUCAGUCACUGUCCUCUGAGAUGUAUAAAUAUUGCUCCCUGGUCUCUCAUUCUGGACAGUUGAGGCUCAGUGAUCAGAUUCCAAGUUCUGGCCUGAGAAAUUGGCUCAUGUCACAUCUUUUGAGCUGCUCUGCUUCGCUUUGAGUCUGCCAACAACAAGGAUGUCCUUGUAUAUUUAGCAAGUCUGAGACUUCAUUUCGGUUUGUGUGUGUGUAUUAAAAGUCUGAAUUUUUUUUAGCUUCUGUUGAAAAAAGGCCAGUUCAAAUAUUAAAAAUCAAUGAUGAUGCCCCCCCAACUGUCCAUGAUGUUGUAUUUUAGUCCUCUGGGAACGUAUCGAGAAAUUCACAUAAAGCGAGAUUGUGGACGACCAUUUAUUUGCUCCUUUUAUAUCCUGCCUGUCUUUUCUCCUCCCGAUUUUCUUCUCACUUGAACCCUGCAA